GCGCACAGCAGCCGUCGGCCGCUGCCCCCCAAAACCCCAGCCAAACUCCUCCGCCUGUCCGCCACCGCCAUGGUCACCCGCACGCGCCUCCCGCUCCCGUCUCCCCACACCGCCACGGGCGGCGGCGGCGGCGGCGGCAGCGGCGGCGUGGAGUUCCGCCGCAAGCUCCACUUCCUCUCAUCCGAGCUCCACCUCGAUCCGUUCCCGCUCCUCGCCGCCAACCCCGCGCUCCGCUCGGCGCCGCUGCCGCUCCUCCGCGACUCCCUCCGCCUCCUCGCCUCCCACGGCCUCUCCGCCCGCGACGCCGCGCGCGUCUUUUCGUCGUUCCCCUCCCUCCUCACCUCCCCGCCGGGCGAGCCCCUCCGCUUCCUCUCCGCCGACGCGCCGCUCCCGCCGCCGCGCCUCCGCGCCGCGGUGGUCCGGUCCCCGCGCCUCCUCGCCGCGUCCGUGCCCGGCACGCUUCGCCCCGCGCUCCUCUUCCUCCGCCGCCGCGUCGUUCUCCUCCGGGAGCCGCUCCCGCUCGCCGCCGCGCUGCUCCUGGCCUUCUCCGUCGAGCGCACCCUCCUCCCCAAGCUCCUCUUCCUCCGCGACGCCACGGGGCUCCCUGACCCCGCCGUCUGCGCGCUCCUCAGGCGCGCGCCCGCCAUCCUCUCCUACGGGAUUGAGACCAACCUCACGCCCAAGCUCCGGUUCCUCGCGGAGCGCAUGGGGAGGGACCCCGCCGUGGAGCUGUCCGAGUUCCCGCACUACUUCGCAUUCAGCUUGGAGGGGAGGAUCAGACCGAGGCACGACGCGCUGAGGGAGAGGGGCAUUGAAAUGUCGCUCAAAGACAUGCUCACAACCAACGAUGACGACUUCAGGGAGCGGCUGAUCAAGGCGACGUUGUCCGACGCCAAGGCGAGGUUGUGAGCUUGCAUUCAGAAGCACUGUGUGCUUGGCAGUGAUUUGAGUUCGUGUUCAGCUAAACAAGAUUACCUUACAACAUCACCAAUGGCACCGGCAGCAAUUUGGGACGCACACUAUGUUUCACAUGUCAUUUCAAGGUCAGCCUUGACGAUAAGGCUAAGAUACAAAGUUCUCCAGGAGAUAGGCAUGGAAUUGUUGCCUGACUGAAUGGCUGAAUGGAUAAUAUCACACAUACAGUGUCAUAUAAGCAGCGAUGGUGUAAAAAUUAGAUGCCACGGCUGAAGGUAUCAAACACAAAGUUAUGUUUCCUCUACUUGCUGUGGUGGAAGACGAAGAAUGGGCCUGAUGCAUGAGUUGUUGGAGAACAAUGCAGUGAUGAAUAGUCAUGGAUCUCCCUGGACAUAGGGAGGAGCCUUUUAUGUGAAUAAUUUACCUCUUGGCUUAUGUACCAUUUGCUUUCUGGAUUUCUGUGGGGACUUGAGUCAGAAUCUAUGCGACCAUAAAGUAGCCCAUUGCUGACAUUAAGCUGUUUUAUUGUGGAUCGGAUCUCAUCUACACGGACAAAAGCAUCAUCAUCUGUUUUCAUCACAUACUUGGCAAAUACAGCACUGGUCUGGUCACACAAAACACAGUUAAGCACACUGAAUGACGAGAAGCAGGGAAUGGAGAAGUGUAACUUUGUGAUAAUAAUGUUUACCCCAUAGAUGCAUAUUGCUAGUGUCUUCCAUGUUAUCAGGCUGUAGUAAUCUACGAAGGGCAACACCUGGAUGUCACCAUAUGUGCGUGCCUCAUUCCAGAGUUCUUCGUUUACCAUGAGGCCAACAAAAAACCGUACUGCUACUGCUCCUUGGCGCACGGCAUCAUAUUGCAUCCACGUCCUUCGAAUUACCAUCCUGCGCUUGAAGUUGUUUGCUGUUGAAAAUAUGCCAAUCAGAAGGUCUACAUCUUUGCCAGCUGGAACAGGUGAUGACUUCAGCAUUUCAAUAUUAGAGUUCUCCAAGUCUUCUGAUGUGGGCAAGCCGCUUGCAAUCGCACUCACAAGUUUGAAAUCACCAGAAAUUCUUACUUCAGUAACAAACCAAGGUUCCAAACCCUAGUAACAGAAGCACCAGUUCGUUAGGAUUGGUCUUAUAUCAGAUUUUUUUUUAAUGAUCGACAUGUAAGAAAUUUACCGCUCUAUAUGCGAAUGAAGUGAUGUGUUUUC